CGCGCAAACCUUCUAACCGCACCUCUUGCCCAUCUUCUAUGCCAUCGAUAAGUUCGCUCCACAACUUGACUCCUCUCUGGAUCCUGCUCUACGCUCUGAUCCGAUCGUAAUCGCCUCGCCGACCGUCGGAGCUCUCUCUUCUGCCCAUCGCUUCAAAUGUUGCAUAGCUUGCGACCAUGAUAUUACAAUGGCUCUGGCUGAGCUGCCUUGGAUUAGCAAUCCUAACGCAGCCUGCCGCGACAAAAAAGUCAAAUAAGCCCAAGAUCACUGCGACCAAGCUUGACAAGCAGCCUGCUUCCUUAUUCUACUUCGAAGACACCGAAACGGUCCUACUGAAUACGAAAGAGCGCAGUUUGCUCCAGACUAUCGAUGGUGGCGAGAAAUGGGAAACUGUCAAAGGUGACGAUGAUGGUGGAAUGGAACAUAAUGCCUUUCUCAUUCGACAACACCCAUUUGAUAAGAACAAGGCCUACGCAAUAAGUGCCAGUAACCGCCACUGGGUCACAACGGAUCAGGCUAGAAGUUGGACCUCGUUCGAAGUGGAAGGGCUCGCCGCCAUUAUCCAUUCCUCGCUUGUAUUCCAUGGUCGAGAUUCCAAAAAAAUUAUUUUCCAAACUGAAGAGUGCGCCGGACGAUAUUGCAUAGUCAGGUCCUACUAUACCACGGAUGACUUCACUUCGGUCAAGCUUCUUCGGGAAAGCAUUGGUGGGUGUGCCUGGGCCAUUGGACAUCCCCAAUUCGCCGAAAACUUGGAUAUAGCAAAGGAGAUUGAGGACCGAUCGCUUUGUGUCGUGCCGGGGUUGAAAGUGCCCUUCUCACACGCCAAUAGACUUAUAUACUCGGAUGACUACUUCAGCAGCGACAUUGAAGGCACGGAAGUCAAGCUGCAGGAAGGCCGACCCGUCUCGGGCGUCAUCAGCACCGCAGCAGUUAAAAAAUAUAUUGUCGCAGCCGUCAAAUCCAAGGGAACCGAGGAACUCGCCUUGUACACAACCGUCGAUAGUAAAAUCUGGCACCGAGCAGAGUUUGAAGGUCAUCGCAUAGAAGAAGAUGCCUACACGAUGUUAGAAAGUACUAAUUAUAGCCUUCAGGUGGAUGUUCUGACCAAUCCCGCGAAGGGCAUGGGCGUACUUUUCACCUCCAACUCGAAAGGUACCUACUUUACGCGCAACAUUGAGCAUACAAAUCGCGACCCCGAGGGCACGGUUGACUUCGAGAAAAUUGCCAAUAUUCAGGGUGUCGUGCUCGUGAACAUUGUGAGGAACCCGGAAGAGGUCCAAUAUCUUCCCGACAAGGAAAUUACCAGUAAAAUUAGUUUUGAUGAUGGGAGGACAUUUAAGUCUCUCAAGGUCGAAGACAAAGAUCUGCAUCUUCAUUCCGUGACCGCUUUUGCGAAUAUUGGCCGCGUAUACUCAAGCCCAGCCCCUGGUCUGGUAAUGGGCGUCGGCAAUACUGGCUCUCACCUCGGCGAAUAUGCUAAAGGUGACCUUUACGUUUCGGAUGAUGCUGGUAUGACUUGGCGCCUUGCACUUAAGGGCCCACACAAAUACGAAUUCGGAGAUCAGGGUGCCGUUGUCAUGGCAGUUGCUGACGACAAGGCAACCAAGGAAAUUAAGUUCUCCAUCGAUCAUGGGAAAGAGUGGGAGUCGGUUGAACUUGAACAUGAAAUCUACCCUGAAAUGGUCACGACCACCCCGGAUUCGACGAGCCUAAAAUUCAUUCUUGCUGGCACCUCAAAAGAGAAGAAGCAUUUCAUCUACUCGAUCGAUUUCAGCGGAUUGCACGAAAGGAAAUGCGAAGAUAAUGAUUUUGAAGAAUGGGCGGCAAGAUUGGAUGAAAAUGGGGAGCCUGAUUGUCUCAUGGGUCACAAGCAGUUUUUCAGGCGCCGGAAGGCCAAUGCAGAUUGCUUUGUGGAUGAGAAGUUCAAGGACCCCCAGCCUGUCUUCAAACCAUGCAAGUGCACGGCGAGUGACUUCGAAUGUGAACACAAGCCCAGCAAGGGUGGACAGGGCUGUUUCCUCCCUGAGUCAUCAAAAGUCCCAGAAGGCAAAUGCCAGGAACCAAGCGAUACCUAUAUGGGGCCAUCCGGUUGGAGACUUAUCCCUGGAGAUGCUUGUGUUCGAGAGGAUGGCGAGAAUUUGGACAAGGAUGUCGAACGACCUUGUAACGAAACCCACAGCGCUCCGGCAGGUGGCAUCUUGGUGACCAAGAACAAUUUCGACGCAGGUCAGUUUGCCUAUUAUUAUAUGGAACGGCAGUCAAGCAGCUCUGGAGACGACGAGACUGUCCUCGUACUUACUAGUGACUACGAACUCCACGUCUCCCAUGAUCAUGGCAAGACCUGGGAGCGAGCUCUUAAGGGAGAGAAGAUCACCAGAGUCAUCCUUCAUCCCUACAACAGCGAUGCAGCCUUCUUUCUCGGUGAGGGUACGGACAGUUUUUGGACUGUAGAUCGCGGACACUCCUUCAAGCAUUUCAAAACGGAGACUCCGCCGACACAAGAGCGCUACAUCUCACCGCUUUCAUUUCAUCCUCGAUACCCAGAUUGGUUGAUUUGGACUGGCGCAGCGGAUUGCGGGUCUGGCGGUGAUUGCCAUUCUGAUGCUUGGUAUAGCGACAACCGGGGCGGUGGAUGGAAAUUGAUUCUCCGUUAUGUUCAGAAAUGCGAGUUUGAAUACAGAGAAAGCCGCCCAGAGAGUGAGAGUCUCAUUUUCUGCGAACAGUACGAGAAUGAGAACAAGAGCAACCGACUCCAGCUCCUAUCUACCACCAACAACUUUUCUGAGAAGAUUGUCCAUAUCGAGGAUGUCAUCAACUACGCCACGAUGUCCGAAUUCAUCGUGGUAGCAUCGCGCAACUCAGAGAACCGAGAGUCCCUAGUGGCAAGUGCUAGUGUCGACGGGAGAACUUUUGCUGAAGCACAGUUCCCCCCCAACGUCCAAGUACCCGUCCAAACUGCAUAUACUGUUCUUGAGAGCUCUACUCACGCCGUAUUCCUGCAUGUUACGGCAAGCAGCGCGCAAGGCGCAGAGUACGGACCAAUUAUCAAGAGCAAUAGCAAUGGCACUUUCUAUGUACUAAGUUUAGCUGCCGUGAAUCGGAACGACAAAGGUUUUGCGGACUUCGAAAAGAUGCAAGGCUUGGAAGGUGUGGCGGUUGUCAAUGUUGUUGGCAACGUUGAUGCGGUAUCCAAAGGUGGCGAGAAGAAGAAGCUCAAGACGAUGAUUACUCACAAUGAUGGAGCACAGUGGAUGCUGCUUCCUCCUCCGCCCAAAGACGCCGACGGUAAGAAGUUUGGCUGUGCUGUUACAUCUGGGAAAGGGACCGAUGUCUGCUCACUCCACCUCCAUGGAUAUACCGAGCGAAGGGAUGAACGUGACACGUUUUCUUCCGGCUCCGCAAUAGGUCUUAUGAUUGGGGUAGGUAAUGUUGGUGAUUGUUUGGCCGGCGGUGAUGAAGUCGAUACUUUCAUGACGAAUGAUGGGGGAAUCACCUGGAGGUCCGUGAAGAAAGGCAGGUAUAUGUGGGAGUAUGGUGACUCAGGCUCGGUUAUUGUUAUCGUUCCCGAGUCCAGACCAACCAAGUCUCUUUUCUACAGCGUCGACGAAGGUGAAAACUGGGAGGAAUUCGUAUUUGCGGAUGUGGACGUGCAGAUUGACGAUAUUUCCACUGUGCCUUCGGACACAUCCAAAAAUUUCCUCCUCUGGGGCAGAGGCUUGCAAGACAAGUCUCAUAGCAAACUGUUCACGAUCAACAUUGAUUUCAGCGCCCUGCGCUCCAGAGCAUGCAAAUUGGACGAGAAUCAGGAUGAGAGCGAAGACUAUUCCAUCUGGGAACCCAGGCACCCUUUCCAGGAGAAAAACUGCCUAUUCGGCCAUGUCGAGCAAUACCACCGCAAGAACCUGUCCGCCCAAUGUUGGAACAACUGGCGCGAGCCUCAUAUUCACCGGAUCGGCACGAAUUGUACGUGCACCAGAUCUGAUUACGAGUGUGACUAUAAUUAUGAACCCCAGACCGACGGCAGCUGUGCCCUUGUUCCUGGACUUCCCAAACCGGACGCGAUGGCUGUCUGCAAGAAUGACCCGGAUCUGAUUGAAUACUGGGAGCCUACCGGGUAUCGGCGUAUCCCUCAGACGACCUGCGAGGGUGGCCAAAACCUAGACCGUGUCGUUUCGAAGCCCUGCCCCAGCAAGGAGGAAGAGUACGAGAAGAAGCAUGGCAUCAGCGGGGUCGGUUUAUUCUUUGCCAUAGUUACCCCCAUUGGGGUAGCAGGUGCGGUUGGAUAUUAUGCAUAUAGCAGGUGGGAUGGCAAGUUCGGCCAGAUUCGCCUCGGGGAAAAUGCUGGCACUGCCCAGAGCCUGCUAUCACGAGACUCGCUCCUCGUCAGCGUGCCAAUCGCAGUUAUUGCGGGGUUGGUUGCUGUCGCUAGAGCUCUUCCGCUCCUUGCCAUGAGCCUGUGGCGGAGUGUGAGUGGACGCGUAGGACUUGGAAGAGCCCGCGACUACUCCAGGCCAUAUGCAUCCCGUGGUUCGUUCGCAGCUCGCCGAGGCGACUACACCAGUGUUGUCGAUGACGAAGAUGAGCUUCUCGGGGUUGUAGACGCUGACGAGGAUGACGAGUCAGUGCAUUGACCGCGGUAUUUUCGUGUUUCCAUUGUGUCCACGAUUUGAUGUUGAGGUUGUUACGAGGAUAUCAGCUUGCCUCUUUUCUCUACCUUUGGCUUUCCCCCUCUUCUUCUUUCGUCCUUUUUCUUUUCCAUUUUUGGGCGCAACGAAGCACAAUUUGGUAUACAGGUAGAAGAUGAUAACUUGAUGAUUAUAUCUUGUUCGGUUUUAAUGUAAUAACGAUGAAUAGCUAGCGUAUAUCCACUUCAGAUCAUUCAUUUAACCCCG